AUGUAUCUGCUAGGGGUCAUGGAUCACCAUCGACGUCCUUCCAGAGAUGAUGAUGAUUAUUCAGACACGGACCUCCUCCUCUCCGACUUGGGAAGAGCGAACUCAGAUGAUGAGAGCCUCGACACAGAGGCUGCUGCUGCCAAGUUCGCUGGAGAUGUAGACCAGCAGUCCGACGCGUCAUUCAAUUCCGAAGAUGCUUUUCACAUGAAGUCAUGGGAGCAGCAGUGGACAGAGGUCUUGAGGGAUCUUGCAGGGGGCAAAAUGCGGUGGAGUGAAGAUGUCGAGGGCGACGGUCAGGUUCUCGAACAGUAUAGAAAGGAGGCUCUGACGGGCCGCGAUGAUCGCGAGAGGGUCACGCCCACAUUUCUCCAUGUAUUGGCCAAGAAGCGGGAUACGGACGAUUUCGAAUCACUCUCUGAUCAGACCCUCACAAAGAUGAUUCAGUAUCUCCUCGAGAACCAAACGACCGUCCCAGAGGAGGAGGAGGUGGAGGAGGAGGAGGACAUCAGCCGGUCAAGGGAGGACCCAAUCUUGCGAGUGGCAAUGGAGUUUGACAACUUUCGGUUCAUCGACGCCAUCAAAGAGUGCACAAGACAAUGGUCGGGGAAACUGGCGGAGCUGCUGGACGCGACCGAUCAGGAUGGCAUGAAUUGCCUUCACUAUGUCUUCAAGAAGCAACUGCCAAAGGUUCUGCAAGUGUCCUCGAGGAUGAUGAGACAGGGCCCUGUCGCUGUGCCAAGAAGGCCAACUCUAGAGGAAACCUACCAGAUGAUUUGGCUCUUUCUUGAAACCGCAAAGCCAGAGACGCACGUGUCCCGAGACAAGGACGGCAAUCUUCCCCUGCAUUACGCCAUGGACUACAGAAACUGCCGGCCUCUGCGAAGGGAAUACCGGAGGAUGAUCCAAGGCUUCAUCGUCAGAACCGAGGAGUUUCUCGGAAAGGAGGCAGCUCAUCAGCUCAACAAGAGGCACCAGUCCCCUUAUCUCUAUUUUGUGCAGACGCGAGAGCAUUGGCUCAAGCAUCAAUCACCACCAUCAGCCGUCGCAAAAAAACCAGCAGCUGUGUCCUUGGGAAAAGGUCCGGACAUUGCAAUUCCAGAAGUCAAGACGAGAGACGGUGAUCAAGACCAAUCGGAGCAGGCCGCACAAGAACACAUCCAUCAGGGGGAUCCGAUGGCCAAGGCAGUAGGAAAAUCAAGGAGAGGAGUGGCGCGUCGACGUCUAGAUAAAAACUUGUACUUUGAUGCGUCACACCUCAGGGGCGCUCCAGUCCAGCAAGUGAUCGACUUGAUCGAGAAGCUCUCCAACGCCGGCGGAUUCGAGGAUACUCUAGCCUACGUCAACCUCCCAACUCUCAGCAUUCCUCCAGACGAGUCAGGUAGGAGAAGCGCCCACUCCAAAGAAGACACGAGGCAACAACGAGGAGAUGCGCUGGGCCGCAACGCCCUGGUCAAGGUGUUCGACAAGCUGGCGGCAGUCAAUGUUCGCCGCAUACUGCGGCUCCAUGUGGACGACGCAGACGAGGUGCCUCAUACCGAUGCCGCAAUCGAGCGAGCCAUCCGAGGCUGCGACUCAUGUUCUCCGGGCGAAGCCAAGAGGCAAGCCAUCGUGGUGGAGCUUUGGGACUGGAGGAAGCCAGACCUGAGCCUGGACGUCAUCUCGUUCGCAGCCCCCGAUGCCGCUCACAUCUCCCUCUACUGGAGCGGUAACCACACAGUCCUCAAGGCUUGGGCUUCUCAAGAGAUCAUCUCCAGGCACUCAGAGUCCAGGGGCAACCUGCAGAAGAUUACGCUCCAUGCAUCCCCUGGGUUCGAAAGCCGCAAGAGAGCGGUGAGAAUGAUCAAAGGCUUUGAAGACGAGGUCAGAACCCGCACGGAAGCAAAAGUCGAGGUCGUGAGUAAUUGGAACCCCGAGGAGACGACAUCCGGCCUCGAUGCAAACGGCAGCCCAGGCGCAUCGUACAUCGGGACAUCCGAAGGGCCUCCGGCGCAGACCUGGAUCGAUAACAUGGAGAACUUCCGAGCGGCUCUCAUGUCCAUCCAUCGGCUGCGCAAAAGUACCUGUAGCGAUCCAGUUCCUCGUGUCAAGGUUGCCCUGAUAGACGACGGCGUCGACCUCCUCAGCUUGGAAACACACGCCGUGGCCGAGGCCAUCACCGGAAUGAGCUACGUUCCCCCCGAGGGCAGGACGGAAAGGCCGUGGCAUCAGUCCACGGAAGGCCACGGCACGGUCAUGGCCAACAUGAUGAUGCGGCUCAACCCCUGGAUCUCCCUCGACGUGAUGAGGAUCCACGGCGAGACCAGCAGCGUCUCCGGGGGCAACAAGGUCCGCGUGAUCUUCGCCGACAGCGCCGCCGAGGCCAUCGAAGACGCCAUCACCCGCGAGGUCGACAUCAUCUCCAUGUCGUGGACGGUCCGCAACGUGGCAAGCAUCGCGCUCGGCAUGUCCGGCGGCUCAGGCACCGACGUAACUCACAGACAACAGCAACAGCAACAACGACAACAUCAAGGCAAGGCGUCGUCAUACGAAGUGGCGGUCCGGGCACUGCAUCGCGCAAUAGCACGCGCCAGGGACAGCAACAUCCUCAUGUUCUGCUCCGCGGCCGACGACAUCCAGCUCCUCGGCAGGGACUCGCUCCCCUUCUGCGUGGCGCCGAACCACAUCUUCCGCAUCGGAGCCUCGCUGCCGCUGGGCCAGAGAGACCCGGCGUCGGAAGAUGCCAGGAGCAUCAGCUACUUCUUCCCGGGGAACAAGGUGGCCGAGGCGACCAGCUGGCGACGGGGGCGGGGGGGGCGGACGCUGGAGCCUGUCGAAUACUACAACGGAUCCUCCGUGUCCACUGCCUUGGCCGCAGGGCUGGCGUCGGUCAUUCUUCAUUGCGUGAGGGUGGUGAGGGAGUACCGCGAGAGGAGGAAAACGUGCCAGGAGGAGGACGGGAGCAUGUUUGCCGAGUGGGAUGCCAAACUGCGAAGCCACGAAUCCAUGCGGGCAGCUUUUGACAACAUCAACAUCCCAGAGAACGAGGACAAGAAGUUCCUGCCCGUAUGGGGGCUGUUUGGGGAAGCCUCAAAGCAGAUCAUGGCCGCCGAAGACGAAGACGUCAAGAUGUCUCAGUUGGAGAAGUUGGUGGUGGAACUCUGUCGUAAGAUCUAG